UCUCACACAGAAGUUGUUACCCACUCACGUCGCUAGUCACGACAAAAUCGAACAAAAUUCUAUUUUGGUGACUAAACUUACGAAGUUGUUUCUCACCUAAAAAAAAAUUAAAAUAAAAUAAAAUAGGGCGGUCGUGCAUUUCACGAUAUGUACAUAUAUAGUAGUAUAUAGUUAUAUUAGGCAGUGUUUGAAGUCGGGAAAGGGAUCUUGAGAGGGUAUGGAUUCAGCUUCAAGCAGCAGCAAGGAGGGCACUCCGCUUCUGGAGAGGAAGCCUUCGGAUGGGCUGCUGAAGAAGCUGAUCGAUGUGGCGGAAGCCAAGAAUCAGGUGGUGUUCGCGCUGCCCAUGAUUCUCACCAACGCCGCCUAUUACUUCAUCCCUCUCGUCUCCGUCAUGUUCGUCGGCCACCUCGGAGAACUCCAACUCGCUUCCUCUAAUCUCGCCAAUUCCUGGGCUGCUGUCACCGGUUUCUCUUUCAUGGUAGGGUUGAGUGGUGCUCUUGAGACCUUAUGUGGCCAAGGAUAUGGCGCGAAAAUGUACAGGAUCAUGGGAGUAUAUCUCCAGACGUCCUGCAUUGUAUCACUCAUCUUCACUGUCAUUGUAUCUGUUCUCUGGUGGUAUUCCGACAUUGUCCUGACUUUACUACAACAAGAACCUCAAAUAGCAAAUGCAGCCGGUUUGUAUCUCAAGUAUUUGAUCCCCGGGCUAUUUGCUUACGCUUUCUUGCAAAAUAUGCUGAGGUUUCUUCAGACACAGUCAGUUGUUAUGCCACUGGUUGUGUGCUCGAUAGUCCCUCUUGUCCUGCACAUUGGCAUUGCCUAUGUUUUGGUUAAUUGGUCCCCGCUCGGAUACAGGGGAGGUCCAGUGGCAGCUUCCAUAUCUUUGUGGAUCUCAGUCUUCAUGUUAGCCACAUACUUGCUUAGGGCCAAGAAAUUCCAACACACGUGGGAUGGAUUUACUUCAGAGUGUUUAAUUCAUAUAUGGACAUACUUGAAGCUUGCUUUGCCUUCUGCAGCAAUGGUGUGUCUGGAAUAUUGGGCUUUCGAGAUUCUUGUUUUGUUGGCCGGAGUGAUGCCAAACUCGGAGUUGAAUACUUCCCUCAUAGCAAUGUGUGUGAACACAGAAGCAAUUUCCUACAUGAUUGCUUAUGGCCUCAGUGCUGCAGCCAGCACGAGGGUGUCUAACGAGUUGGGCGCUGGACACCCUGAUCGAGCGAGGCAUGCCAUGCGUGUCACUCUUAAGCUAACCGUUGUCCUUUCACUGGCAGUGGUUUUAGCACUGGCUUUAGGUCAUAAUCUCUGGGCCAGCUCCUUCAGCAGUAGCCCUGUGAUAAUCGAUGCAUUCGCCUCCAUGACACCCUUUCUCGUGGUGUCCAUAUUGUGCGAUUUUGUUCAAGGGAUAUUAUCAGGGGUUGCCAGGGGUUGUGGUUGGCAGCAUCUGGUUGUGUACAUCAAUUUGGGAGGAUUCUACUGCAUUGGAAUGGUUAUCGCUGCUCUUCUUGCAUUCAAGACUACACUCCAUGCCAAGGGAUUAUGGAUUGGGCUGACAUGUGGUCUGUUAUCCCAAACGAUUGGCCUCUUUCUGCUCACCAAGUUUACAAAUUGGAAAAGGAUAGAGAUGGCCAAAGAUACAUCAGCCAAGAAUGUACAACACCAUGUAUGAGCCAUUGAGCCUCCACAUCUUCUUGUUUCUUAUAUUUUCUUCUUCUUCAUGUGUAUCCAAUGAUACAAUCAUUUUGCACAUCGUGUAUUUAUAUUUAAUCUUGUUUAAAUAAUUUAAAAAUAAAAUUAUAAAUAUUAAUAAAAAUAAUAAUUCGAUUGUGUUUUCAA